CAUUAUAUAGGAUAUACCAAGGGUUACGACUUAAAACCCGCCAGACAGAAUGAGUUCCCCUGCUUACUACGAGCUUUACAGAAGAAGCGCUAUUGGCAGUGCCUUGGCGGAUGCGCUUGAUACUUUGAUUAGCGAUGAGAAAAUACAGCCACAGCUUGCGAUGAGAAUCUUGAAUAACUUCGACCGUAUUAUUUCCGAAAGUUUGAAAGCAGAGAGAGGAUUGUGCAAGUCCAAAAUCACGUUCAAAGGCGACUUACAUACCUAUAGGUUCUGUGACGAUGUUUGGACCUUUAUCAUCAAGAACGUAAACAUCAAGAUGACCGAUGUGUCCAACAACGAUUUAAAUGACAGUGAUCUCACAGCAGAGAAGUUUAAAAUUGUUGCUUGCAACUCUAGGAAGGCAGGGGAGGUUUGAAUGUUCUUGAAAAGAUUUCUCCACGCUCUCGUCGACGAAGUAUCUGGAAUAGCUUUCACAAUACAGACCGUGGAGUGUUUUUUGACGUAGUUUUGUUGCCCAAGUUCACGCAAGGUAGGCGUGUGUAUCAAAUUCCUCUGAUUCGAGAUUUUGAUUUUCUGAUAUGACUUGAAGAAUCAAUUAUUCACGAUAUAGAUAUAUGUAUAGAUGUAUAUAUCUCCGACACAUAUGAUACCUUAAUACUGAGCCUUUUAUUUGAAAAUCACAAACCGGUC